UGGUCCUCCAAUCGCUCUAACAAGCAGCCGGCGAGAGGCGAAGGAAAACUGGAACGCAAUCAUGGAGCAGAUUUAAGAGAUAGCUGCCUUUCCUACCGGAGGAAAUCAAAGAACCAUAGAUACAUGUAUGAUAAAAAGCGUAACAUCUAAAGCGGCAACGAGAAACAAAAGAGUAACCAUGCAGUUUAAAUACCGAAGAAUAUAAUCAUUAAGCGUUCCUUCAAGGUUGGAUCCUAGAAGUCAUCUUGCAUCACCGUCGGCCGAGAUUGAACCAUCGUUAACCGCCGGUAAAAAUGUCUGUGGAGGAACACAGUUAUUCUGAAGCGAUGGUGGUUAUUGAGGCAGGGCCGGAGUGGCUGCGAGGCGAGAUCGAGCGUCUUUCCCGGGAGCUGAGUGAGACCACCCAUGAGAAGAUCCAGGCGGCGGAGUACGGGCUGGCGGUGCUGGAGGAAAAGCAGCAGCUCAAGCAGCAGUAUGACGACCUGGAGAUCGAGCACGAGACCGUGCGGCAGGAGCUUGACCAGCUCAAAGAGGCAUUCGGCCAGGCAUACUCCAACCACAGGAAGGUGGCGGCGGACGGGGAGAGCAGGGAGGAGUCUCUGAUCCAGGAGUCGGCCUGUAAGGAGGCCUACUACGAGCAGAGGGUCCUGGAGCUGCAGACGGAGGUCCGCCAGUCACGCAACGUCCUCACCAACACCCAGUCUGAGAACGAGCGCCUGGCCUCCAUCACCCAGGAGAUGAGAGAGAACAGCCAGGUGGUUGAGCUGCAGAGGAGUCGGCUGCGUGAUGACAUCAAGGAGUAUAAGUUCCGGGAGGCUCGCCUGCUGCAGGACUACAGCGAGCUGGAGGAAGAGAACAUCUCCCUGCAGAAACAGGUCUCCGUGCUCAAGCAGACUCAGGUGGAAUUUGAGGGUCUGAAGCACGAGAUUCGACGUCUGGAGGAAGACACCCAGUUCUUGAACAGUCAGCUGGAGGACGCCAUCCGCCUGAAGGAGAUAGCAGAGCGCCAGCUAGGCGAGGCGCUGGAGACCAUCAAGACUGAGCGUGAACAUAAGGCAGCCCUGAGGAAAGAGCUGUCCCACUACAUGAGCAUAGGAGACUCCAUGUACCACAGCCCCCUCAGCAUCUCCCUCGACGGUCUCAAGUUCAGCGAUGACGCGGGUACAGAACCCAACAACGACGAGGCUCUCCAAGGUUACGAGAAUGGCUUCAGCAAGCUGGCUAACGCCAUCAUGGAGGACAACCGCUCAUCCACACCCAAGAAGGGCGACGUGUUCCGCCCUGCCCCCAGCCUUGUGGACGACCUGCUUAGUGAACUCAACAUCUCGGAGAUUCAGAAGCUUAAACAACAGCUGUUGCAGAUGGAGCGAGAGAAGGUGUCCCUGCUCUCCACCCUGCAGGACUCCCAGAAGCAGCUGGAACAGGCUCAUGGCGCUCUGUCAGAGCACCAGGAGAAGGUCAACCGGCUCACCGAGAACCUCAGCGCCAUGCGCAAGCUCCAGGCCAGCAAGGAGCGCCAGUCAGCCCUAGACAACGAGAAGGAACGCGACAGCCACGAGGAUGGAGACUACUACGAGGUGGACAUCAACGGGCCCGAGAUCCUGGAGUGCAAGUACAAGGUGGCGGUGUCUGAGGCGGGCGAGCUGAAGGAGGAGCUGAAAACCCUGAAGGCCGAGUACCACUCCUGCCAGUCCCGCUUCGAAGAGGAGCGCGUGCGCCUGGAGGGUGACGUCACCACGCUGGGCGACAAGCUGGCCUCCCUGGAGAAGACGAGCCACGUGGACAGAGAGGAGAAGGCCAGGCUGGAGAAGGAGCUGCGCAAGGUGAGCGACGUGGCGGGCGAGUCCCAGGGCAGCCUGAGCGUGGCGCAGGACGAGCUGGUGACCUUCAGCGAGGAGCUGGCCACCCUCUACAACCACGUGUGCAUGUGCAACAACGAGACGCCCAACCGCGUCAUGCUCGACUUCUACAAGGAGGGAAAGGGCGGGCGCACCAGCCCGGAGGGCCGCGGGCGCCGCUCCCCCAUCCUGCUCACCAAGGGCCUGUUCCCCGAGCCCGGGAGGACCGACCCGGGUGACGCCGUGCCCUCCCCGGUGUCCUCGCCCGUGUCCGACCCGCGCCGCGAGCCCAUGAACGUCUACAACCUGGUGGCCAUCAUCCGGGACCAAAUCAAGCAUCUGCAGCUGGCGGUGGACCGCACCACGGAGCUGUCCCGCCAGCGCGUGGCCUCUCUGGAGCUGGGCACGGUGGCAGACAAAGACAAGGAGGCCUGCAUGGAGGAGAUCCUCAAGCUCAAGUCCCUGCUCAGCACCAAGAGGGAGCAGAUCGCCACCCUGAGGACCGUGCUGAAGGCCAACAAGCAGACAGCCGAGGUGGCUCUGGCCAACCUGAAGAGCAAGUAUGAGAACGAGAAGGCCAUGGUGACUGAGACCAUGAUGAAGCUGAGGAACGAGCUCAAGGCCCUGAAGGAGGACGCCGCCACCUUCUCCUCUCUCCGGGCCAUGUUCGCCACACGCUGUGACGAGUACGUCACCCAGCUGGAUGAGAUGCAGAGGCAGCUGGCAGCAGCCGAGGACGAGAAGAAGACCCUGAACUCCCUGCUGCGCAUGGCCAUCCAGCAGAAGCUGGCCCUGACCCAGCGCCUGGAGGACCUGGAGUUCGACCACGAGCAGACCCGCCGUGGGGGGACAGCCGGACGGGCCAAAGCCUCGGCCCGUGGCAAGACCGCCAAUGGCACCGCCAACAAUCCCCACGUAAGUCAGGGUCUCACCUGCUCCAGCUCCGGCCGGCCCGAGUCCAACGCCAUGCCCAACGGCAUCCUGGGAGGCCCCGUGGUCUUCUGCAGCGAGAAGUACAAGAUCUACUGCGACUGAGGCGGCCACCAUGUCCGCAUUGGACUGCUGUGUACAGAGGGGAGGGGCCAGUGGCCACACCUCCCCUGCCUUAGUGUAAAAGAGCCCCACUUGCUCGCUUAGCUCCCAGGCUAGCCUGCUUGCCUGCUGUGUGUCUAACCUACAUUCUGUAUGCCCACGGCCUCGCUCACGCCUGCUAGUGUCCAUGCUUGGGGAAAUGCAGAUGUAUGUACAGUGUGCACUAGACGUUUGGGACUGUAGUAGACAUAUAUGGCAUGUUGAUAUAAGGGCCUCAUUGGCAUUGGGUUUUUGUGGAUAUUAUGGGGGUGUCUAUUCUUUCCGCUGUCAUGGUGCUGUACGUAAAAGGUGGCAACUUUUGUGCUGUGUGUUUUGAACCCUAGGUGUGCUGCCUGGUAACCAUGAUAGGUUCAGGGCUGGGGACUUGUAAAGAGGGCGUCAUUCUGCUAGUCAUGUGACUGAAGUAGACGUCCUCUGCUCUUUAUGCUCAUAGUUGGCGUUGGUGCUCCUUUGAUAGAGCCCCUUUUGUCUCUCACUCUUAGUCCUGGCACCCCAGGACUGAGGCCACUCCAGCAACCCGCCCUCUAAUCAGGUCACUGAUAAAUGUUUACAUAAACAAGCAAAAUAAACAAUAUGCAAACUCCCCUCUGCUGUUGCUAGGGGAGUCCAGUGUGAUUUGCUGGAUUUCUAAAUGAUACUCAACAAUCUCAGGCGGGUUGGCUGACGAUUUGAUGUGUUAAGUGGGACCAAAAGGAGCACCUUUGACCACUGGUGUCUAUUUCCUGGAUCUUUUGAAGAGGUGAUGCUGGUACAGCAACGCCGUAGUCAGUCACAUCGCAUGGCUUUGCAGCUGAAAUGGCCCUCAGCUUUUGAACAGUUCUGUUCGCAGGUGUGUGUACUACAGGGCUCUACAUUUUAAUGACCAUGAGUACAUAGAUGUUUGCUGAGAAGCUGAAGAGUUAUUUCGUGUGAGCCAGCAUGUAAGGGUUGAUUAUGUCAGAGCCAUAUUACAAGAGAAGGACAAGAUAAAUCGAUCUCUGCACCCAAAUUAAGUGCACUUCAGCAAAGGUGCCUCAGGUUCUAACUUCUGUUUGAAAAAGCAUAAGACACAAAUACAAUAUGUCGUUUUGAUCACUGAUGGUUUUCUGAAAACAGAAAAAUCCUCCAAGAGCACAAAUCAAGGCACCUGAUCUGGAUCAGAAAUCAGAAAACUAAACCGAUUGACCAACAUCACUCGGCAAAGUGCCUGUCGACCCAAACACUUGAUAUCUAUCGAUGUAAAGCCCUGUCUUUGUGUCUGAACUUGAUCUAACGCUGACCUCUCCGUCUCUCCCCGUGUUCUGACUCCUCUCCUACUGGGAAGCCUCUUAUGAGCUCCUAAGCAAACUGCGGGGAUAGGCCAGACGGCUCAAAACCUUGCCCUCGUGUCUCUAACCCGUGUCCUCGUCACGCGGUCGUCAUGACGAUCUUCUCUCCUUCAGAUUGUCAGCAGUGUGUUUCCCCCGCACCACCCCUAUCCCUUUAACUAGAGUGAGGGAUUGUGGAGAGGAAAAAAUCCUUGAAAUAUUGUCAGGUAACGGUCCUGGAGCGUGUGUGUCAUAGAAACCUGCCUGUGUGUGUGUGUGUAUCUUAGCCUCGGCACUGAAGUGAGCGACUCUCGUGUAUACGUUGAUGUUUUUAUAAGAAAUUGCAAAUUGAGGGUCGUUCAUUUCUGAGCUGCCGCUUGUCGCGUGCAAGAGGACAAACCAAUGUACUGUUUUAGUAUCCCAAAAAAGCUUUAACCCUUGCAAGCUAGCAUAGGCAAACAAAAAAAUGUGUGGGGCUUCUGUUAGAUAAAUCCAUUUAACACUUGUGGAUCAUGAACCCAUUGUUAGCUUUAUGAUGCUAAAAGCAGGGUUGAUGUGAGGAAAUCCUGCAAGAUUACUCGAAUUACGCUUUUUUUACUACCAGUAAUCUCUAUAUAAAACUAUAUAUUCUUGAUAUGAUGCCAUUCAGGUUUUAAUCUUGCAGGAUGCCCCCUCUCAGAUACAUAGAGAGGGAGCUGAUGUCCUUCAGAAGAAGGACGACCUCUGCUCUCAACCCUGCUUGAGCUUGGCUGCGCUCGCCCUCCGAGGCCUUCACACACCACACAGUAUGGCCACAAGGCUAUCGCUCACAUUAGAGACACCUUACCCAGAGGCGAAUCACUCUUCUGUUCUCGUUCAGCGAUAUAAUCUGUUUAUAUCUGUUAUGUGCUGAGUAUAGAUACUGGGAGUAUUGAGAGAGAGGCAUGAGAUGUGACGCCAGAGAGCCGAGGAAGCUGAGUCAUGCUCCAUGCUGACAUCAAUACUGGGGAGAAAUGAGCUCUAGGGCUUUCUGAGGGAUAAACCCUUGGGUGGUUAAGACAACCCCUUUUUGGAUUGACUGGUAUCUUACCAAGGGACAUUGAUUCAAAUGAGCUGGCCCUCUGCCCAGCUCUCUUGUAAAGCCAUGUUCAGUGAGCAGUAGGUCGACUUAACCCCCCAGGAUGUGGUUGUGAUGAGAGAUCCCUCCAGGCAAAACUCCCCUACGCCUCUCUUCUCGAAUUUGAAAUCAGUGUCUGUUUAUCUGGUGUCAUCUUAGCAUGCCACCUGAAUAAACUCUUCCUACCUCCACCCACGUCACCUUUGAGUUAACUCACUCCAAUUUCUUAUUGGUUAAAGCUGACGCCUGCAUGUUAAAACAUAUCCAUUAACCUGCUUGUUAUCCUAACUGGGAGAUGGUAUAUACUUUGGGGGUGAAAAGUCAUGGUACUUUUGAGUUAUUGGCUUCCUGCGCUCUCCAGUCCUCCUAAUGCAGUAAACUCUUUCACCCAUUCUGGAUGACAGAGCAGCAUCUGACAAAACGUUGACUGUCUCACAAUAACUAACAAAGUUGGAACUUUUGUAGUUGCUAUGUGCUAUGACUAACCAUGACUGAAUCUCAAAAGUCUGGUAUUUCGUCACUCGAUUGACCUGCCACUGACCAAGUAAAACAAAUCUAAAUUGACCAAAAUGCUAAUGUUGCUCAUCUCUUUGUUUUCUCCAUUUUGCAGUAAUGUUGUUCUGCCAGGAUGAGGAGGUACCAUAACAAGGUUCAUCGUCUCUGACGACGUAGGGCUAUAGGCAAAUCGGACUUAAGACACCCAUUUGAAGACUUAAAAGACCCAAUCACAUAACCAAUUUGAUACAUCCCUUCAACUGAGUAGACUCUUUGUUGUCUGCGACGUUAAUGACUUGGAUCACUGUUAACGUCACUUGUGUGGGAAUGGUCAUCCACAUGCUGCUGCUGGAAGCCAAUGCUCACAAGCACGGUAAACUCUCCCUCUGUGUGAAAUUUGGAUCAGAGUUUGCGAGCCGUUCAGUAUACCCUCCAAUAAGGGGCUAGGGAAGAUGGGGUCAUUCUUCAAUGUAAAUCAACAAGCUGUUUUGUCUCUUGUCUUUUUGAUUUUAGUUUAUUGUUUUAUUAACCCUUGCACUUUUAUAUAGUAAAAUAACUUUAUUAUUAACCUAGGAAAGGUUGGUAGUGCUAUGGUUUGUGAGUUACUUAGUCAAGUAUUGACCCAGAUUAAUAGGAAUACACUUCCUUCUUAUUGGCCUCUGCCCUCAGACAGAGACUAGCUACUCACCUAAAGCCACCACAAACCACAGUCCUACUAUUGUGCUUCUGAGAAUUUAUACACUUGAGUAAUCAUUCUUCUUUUGUUCUGUUUUUCAUAUAUUUUAUUGCAUUUAUUUUCAUAUUAUGUUACUGGUUACAUUUGUUUUGUAUGUUCUACUGCCAUGUUCUAAACAAAAUCCAGGGUGAGCGAAUUCUGGGGUUUUAAUGAAUUUAUUAUUCCUAGGAAUAGUUCAAAAUAACACAAAGAAACUUGACAACGCUUUGAUUAAAUGGUAAGUUGGGCUUGGGGAAACAUUUAGUGAAUAAUGAUGUGCUUUUCCUUGCUUCUUACCCGGGCGUUCCACUGAAGAGGGAUCACUGGCUCUCAGAAUUCUUUACAAGUGCACCAAUUAAAUUCCAAAUUGGAAUUGCUUCAUUCUCUCUUUGUUUAUCGUGCCAUAUCCUGGUACAUCGUUUAGGUUGAAAAGAAUCAAGAAUCUGAAAGACAAGCCGUCAGUUUGUUUGGAGUAGUUUGGGCCAUGGCUCUCUGUCCUAGCGCCUGUUUUGGGUUUGGUUUGGUUUCUGUCUUUUUUCUGACCAGUAGUGCCUUUCAUUGUUUCAAGGGAGAAUUUUAGACUAGUAUUUUGUGUUUCUUUUAUAGGUAAGGAGUUUGGGUUCAAAAUGACUGUGAGCAGCAAUAAAUGCAAAGAGAAUACAUUUUGCAUGCGUGAAAUGAUGUUUUGAAAUUAGCUCCAAAAAUCUGUUAUUGUAUUGAAUUCUACAGGUCAGUGAUCCCCACAGUAAAUUCAGGGGUAUUGAGAAACCUUUCUUAUUUUAUUCAAUUUUGGGAACCAAAUGAAAUCCCUUUGGCCUCCUAUUGAACAAAAUGCUCCAAACAUGAGCAAUAUGUUGGGGUGGAUCAGUGUACAUGACGACGUAUCUCUAGCUUUGUAUGGUGAAGGUAAUGUGUUAUCAAUAGUAUUGAAAAUGUGCAGAGUGCAUUUAUCUUUUUAUUUUGUUGUUUUUUUAUCCUUGAAUCUUUUUUACAUCAACUUUAAGGCAUUGUGAUUUCAGGAAACAGAAAACAGAUUUGGCAUCAACAAGCUUGAAUCGUGCCAUUACAGCCAAUGCUUGCUUGUUGAGGCAUAAAAAAUACUAUUAUGGUUGGGAAGCUCAAAAAGUUUAUAAAGUGCAAUUUAAAUGCUGUUUUGUAUGGAAAAGAAAAAGUUUUCUGUUUUCUGGAAGCGAUAGCAUUGUGAUAAUAAACUAGCCGUGCAAACUUUAUAUUGUCAUACUGUGUUUCAGUAUUGGUCCAUAUGGAACGUUUGAUACCUUUAUAUGAAAUAACGACUUCAUCUGUACGUUGGUAUUUAUUUGAAUUGUCAUGCAGUACUGUAUUCUUAUCAAUAAUGUGCAUUAUGAUUAGUGACAUAUUGAUUACAGCUAAAUGUCAUAUGCAUGUUUUUCAGUCAUGGGACCUUUACACAGAGUAGAAAACAAACAUGUAACUUUGAGAUGCUAAUGUUGGAAAAAGUCAGGAAAUUGAGAGGAAAAAAAAGUGUAGUCUAAUGUAUUACUGCUGAAUUUAUCCCACAACAAAAGUGUUGUUUGUUUUCCCUAGAGAGAUGGUCUGUCUGUGUAAAGGUAGUCAUACUGGCUAAACUUAAUAAAUGUGACUAAAGUC